AUGACGACAAUGAGCUCAACACCGAUCAAAAGAGUAAAGCCAAAGCCUCUGCAAGAGGUAUUGACAAAGGUCUUGCAACAACUGCAAAAGCGUGAUCAAUAUCUCUUCUUUGCGCAACCUGUCAAUUCUGCCGAAGUACCAAAUUAUUAUUCGAUCAUCAAACGACCUAUGGACCUUGGCACGAUGCAAAAGAAGCUAGAAUCAGGUGCAUAUACGACUAUGGACCUGUUCAAAGAAGAUAUGCUUCUCAUCACUGGUAACGCACAAUACUUUAAUUCGAUAGAUGGACCCAGUGCCAUCAUUCAUACCGAGGCAAGUAAAUUAGCCGAUUGGGGUUUAAAAGCUCUAGCGAAAGAAGAAGCGGCAGUGCAAGAAAGCCUGGCAAUCGCGGCAGCAGAAGCAGAAGCUGAAAAAGAAAGGAUACGACAAUCACAUUCACCUGCAUCCAAUGCACCGCGAAAUCGGAUAAGUCUCAAAAUACGAAAGAGUACAUCGUUCAAUAACACCCCUGGUCCAAAUACACCUAGAUUGAUGACACCCUCGCGACUUCAGAACGAGAUCAAACCAGAGACAAACUUCUCAAAUGUGGCCUCUGACGAUGAAGCAGAAGAGGUCGAGGUAAAUGGCAGUGAAGAAGAGGAGGAAGACAGUGAUGAUGAUGAAGAAGAUGAUGAUGAUGACGAGGACGAUGAUGAUGACGACGAUGACGAUGGCACUAGCUCUAGGGCACAAAGUGUGUCAGUGGAUGACUCUGUCAGCCGACAAAGUAAAGAUGUUGUGAGAAGGCGGCGGAGGAAAUCAGGUAUACGGCGAAAGACAGCAAAGAAGAACAAGAGGCUUUUGAACCGGCAGAGUGCUAUCAUAUCAAUAUUAGGUCUGUCUGGCAAAGCAAAUGGAGGAGAUGCAUCGAUAGCAUCGAGCACGGCAUCAGGCUCGCAAGUGCAGUUAGCACCUGUUAGUACGUUAAGUGGAGCAAUUGCAAGCCUCAUCCCUCUUUUCUAUAGACGGGAUGGAGCAAUCGAUUUAGAAGCCUUGACAGAGGAUGAACGAAGGGCGAUCUUGAGACCUAGUGGCUCGGACUUUUGGCCAGAUGUGCUCCUCCCGUUCAUACAAUCACUCGUACCUCUCCAUCCUGAUCUUCUACCCAAUGCACAGACGAUGGAACGCAACAUCAAAGACACGAUGGACGGCUUUGCGGCUGCUUUGGUCAGCGUACCACAAUCUCUAUCUGCUUCACACACAUACAAUCUGGAAGGUCGAACGCCGGAGCAACAAGAAUUACCCUUUUCUGUCUCUAGCGGUUGGGUCUUCGAGGGCAAAGUUCCAAAUAUCCCAUUGGCAUGGCCCCGCCUACAGCAGAGCGAAGGUGGAGCGGAAAGUCAGAAAGAGAAAGACAAGGCUAAAGAUGAUGACAAGGACGAGUCUACACCUAAGGGUCGUGCUCCCAGAAAGGAUAAGGAAAAAGAAAGAGAUGAUGAAGGUCUUGCUACUUUGGAUGACUGGACAUGGCCAAGAGCUCAUUUGGCAAAGUUGCCGGAUGCGCUAGAUGUGGGACUGUUCCCUGGCUUGCUUCCUGUUGCAUGGACGUCACAUAUUAAUUCGCAAAAGGGUGGACCGACAAGAUCAAGACUUCCACCUCAUCACUUGACACAUGGUCAAUCACUCGAAAGUGCAUUGCAAGACGAAUUAUCUUCAUUGCCACACAGAGCUUUGCUACGUGGAAAGCCUGGUGUUAUUUCCUUGGGCGCCACACAACCAUCUGCAUCUCCUCUGGACGUUCUUGUUGCAUUCGAGCAAGCAGCUUCGCGCGAUUGGAAGCCAAAGCCUGAAGACAUCAAAAAGCUAGGAGCUCGUGGUUGUGAUGUCUUGCGUGAGGCUGUUUAUGGUGGACCUUUGGGUGAAGCAUAUGCCAGCAGUGUGGAAGACUUUGUGAUUGGAGCAGCACGCUCUGCAGAAGAAAAUUCUGAUGAUGAAGAUCUGGAUGAGGUAGAAGAAGAGAAACCUCAAGCUGAUGAUGGGCCAAAGCCAGAUCCGGCAAAUCCGUAUUCGAACGGAAAGACCUCAAAGUCGUACUUCGAUGAGAAUGGGGAGAUGUUUGAUCCUGAGGCAUAUAUUGGUAUGGAUUUAGUCCCUAUUGAAGUACGGAAAGAAGCAGGAGUAUCAUCAAGCUCAAACGUGCCGUCGAUGCGACAAUCGCCACAAGCAGUUGACUCGCCACGUGGGGUGAAGAGGAGAAGCCGUAGUCUAUCUGCCUUUGCUCCUGCUUUCAAACGGCAAGCGACGGAGGAAUUGCCGCAAGCAGAUCAAAGCAUGGAAGAGGAUGUAGAGGAAAACAAUGAGCCGGAUACUAGAGCGAUUUGGGAGAAAGAGGAGCAUGCAGCUUACAUGCGUGGCACUUUACUUGACAAAUCACUCUACGAUCAUGUUCGCGAACAGUAUAUAGCGCCUCUCACAAACGGCCAGAUGGACACCCUGAUGGAAAUCAGCAGCCAAGUACGGGGUGAAAAGUCAGCCCCUGAUAAUGAAUUAGACCUCGACCUGGAUGAGUUGAUGAAGACGGUGGAAGAGGUGAUGCCAAAUCCCUUGGUGAAACAAGAAGAUGAUGCAGAAGAUCCUAUGAUGUUCGUUAGUAGUCUCACUCCAGCGCCUCGGCAAGAACCAACAAAGGAAGCAGUAGACAAGAACCGAAUUGUCAGCCUUGUGCAACUGUUCAUCAAUGGCAAUUACCAUCGUGCCAGAUUACAGAUGCACGAGUUGAUUCGUGCUCAGGGUAAUGCGAUCGAUAUGGGCAACGUUGCACGUACAGAGAUGGAUAUUCGAGAUGCGUUCUCGCUAGAAAGGAGUACACAACCAUUACAUGCGCAAUUUUUGCCUAAUCCGUCCAUGCCGAUCGACCAUGUAUUGGAGAGAUAUGCUUCCGUUUUGCAAUUGUUGUCGUCAGAAUUGAUGAAAACAAAUGGUAGCUUGGAACCUCUCUAUCUGGAUUUGGUGGACCGAUUAAGAAUCGCAUACAUCACCUUGGGCAGAAGGGCGCCAAAGUUGCAUUUGGUAGCUGGAUCGUGGAACAGAUGGGUAGAAUCGGCAAGAAAGUCUCAGGCUAUGCAGGAUGCACAUCUUGCGGCUCAAGCAGCUGCAGCAGCAGAAGAGGCAAAAAGAAAGGAAGCAGAAGGGAAAGCUUGA